CUCAGCUGUCUGAGGGUUGAGAAGGAACUGAAGUGGUCUGUUGGAGAAUAUCUCUGAUGUUGUGGAUCGUCUGAACCCUAGAAGAUCUAAAACACGUGAACCUGCUGCUGUAAGUCAGGAUGAAGCUGGAGGUGAAGAUCGAGCUGCUGAAGUUCUGCUUUGCGGUCUUAAACUCCAUCUUCCUGGUUCUGGGUCUGAGUGUAAUGGGAUGUGGAGUCUGGAUCCUCUUCAACACUGGAAGCUUCCUGAAUGUUCUGUCCUCCGCGGAGCUUCGUGUGGCGGCAGCUGGCCUGUUUAUGAUUGGUGGAGUGGUGGUGUUGAUCAGUCUCACUGGAUGUGUUGGAGCAACCAUUGAGAACAGGAUCCUUCUCCUGGUGUACCUGGUUUUCCUUGUUGUCCUGGUCCUGGGUCAGUUGUUUGUCACAUUUCUGCUGCUCCUUAAUAAAGACAAGAUUAAUCAAAGUCUGACUGAAACUCUGGAUCAGAUCAUCUCUCAGUAUGGAAACAGCAGUGACAGCGGCAGCAGAGUAAUGGAUAACGUGCAGAAAAAUUCAAAGUGCUGUGGUAGAACCGGCCCUGCUGACUGGCUCAAGAACUCCUUCAUUCAAACUCUGAACCUGACGAGUCCCGAUGUGCUGCCAUGUUCCUGUUUUAAGACCGUUCAGCCCGCCUUUAACUCGUCUUGGUGCUCGGAGAACAGCAGCUUCACUGAGCUGGGGAUUGACAAAGGAAUUGAAAGUUUUAAUCAGAGCUGUGGUCAGAAGAUCAGUGGUUGGCUGCAGGAGAACAUCCUGACAAUUGUUGCCAUGGGCGCAAUCCUCAUUUUGCUCCAGAUAGUUGAACUUUCCAUCGGUGCGCUUCUCUUCCGCAUGUUUGGAGAAAAAAACAAGCGGGUAGUUGGUCUAAGCCACGCCCACCUAGACUCCUCCCCCGACAACGACCUGGACAGCGGAGAGCAAAACUACGCCUUCCACAAUCCAGAUGAAGACCCAAACUACAUGACUGUAGAUGCCAACAACAAGGCUUAUGACCACUACAACCAGAACCAAGGCCAGGGGUACCAGGAUCCAGUCUAUUGCUACCAUGACUACCAGGACCAGAACCAGGGUUACCAGGAGGCUGUUCAACCUUACUAAACACCCUCAGACUGAACAUGCUGUAAACGUCAGCUUAAAACGUUAAAUCGGUAUUUUUGAUUAAAAUCUUCAGUGUUUUUUUAUUUCUGUUCUGCUUUCUUAAUGUAAAUCAUGUCAAAAAUCCACAAGCCUCAGUUAGCAGGUUAAAGGUUAAAGUUCACAAAAGGACAACGAGAAAAAGCUUGAACAAGUAUGUUUGCUUUGAAGGGUUGCAGGAGAAAUUCUCGUCUCUACAAAAAGAAAGAAGAGACUCUCAAACAUCUGCAGCGUGUCUUAGGUUUGCAAAGCUGCAUCUGCGUCCCUUGGACCCGACGAGACCAAAGUAGAGAUGUUUGGUCAUAAUGCUCAGCAUCAUGUUUGGAGAAAACCAAACACAGCAGAUCAUCUGAAAAAGAAAAUAAUCAAAGUGCUGAAAUGGCCCAAUCAAAGUCCAGACCUCAGCCUGAUUAAAAUGCUGUGAUGGGACCUUCAGAGAGCUGUGGAGGAACCUCAAUAAACUAAAGCCAUGAUGGACAGACAAGUGGACCAGAAUCGCUCCACAAUGAUGUGAGAACUGACAAAAUCAGACAGUAAACCUGAUUUACUGCUCCUGGAGGAGGUUCUACGAGCUUCUGAAGGAGGUUCUACUGGCUGCUGGAGGAGGUUCUACGAGCUUCUGAAGGAGGUUCUACUGGCAGCUGGAGGAGGUUCUACGAGCUUCUGAAGGAGGUUCUACUGGCUGCUGGAGGAGGUUCUACGAGCUUCUGAAGGAGGUUCUACUGGCAGCUGGAGGAGGUUCUACGAGCUUCUGAAGGAGGUUCUACUGGCUGCUGGAGGAGGUUCUACGAGCUUCAGUAGAAGUACAAAUAAUUGAAAGAGAUCAGAAAUAAACUAAAAACACGGCAGGUUUCUAAUGCCGAGGACACAAUAAAACAAGUCAAAGAGUUUAAACUGAAACAAGGUUUAGAUGAAAGAAAAACACACCUGUGUAAAAUCAGCUCUUCUGAUUAAACGUGAUAAAGAGACA